AUGGCCACAAUGCCAGUCGCGUUGAUGCCGGAGGAUCCUGAGUUUGAUGAGGAGGCCCAAGCCGCCCACUCCAGCGGCUGGGCGGUGCAACGGCUCCGCUUCGCCCACGAGGCGCAGCUGAGCCCAGGCUUCGACGCUCCUCCGGCUCCGACCCGCGCGGUCUUCCGCGGCUUCAUGCUUUCGCGGCAGCGCCGAGCGUUUCUCCACGAGAGCUUGAUGGCGCAGGGGCUCGAGCUCGUGGUUUCGCCUUCGCAAUAUAGCAACGCUCACUUCUUCCCUUCCACCUAUGAUGCCCUCCGAGCGCUCGCCCCGCGCGCGACCUGGCAGCCGGUGGAUCUGAGCUCGGAACCGCGGGCCGAGCUCUUCCAGGAGGCGGUGGCGGUCGUACAGAGUUGGAACUGCCGCUACGUGGUCUUGAAGGAUUACGUGAAGAGUGCCAAGGCGCAGGGGAGCCGCUUCCUCCAAGUGCCCGUCGACGAGGAUCUUGCCGAGGUGGCCAUGGACUUUGUCCGCGCGCGAGGUGAGCGCUUCAAUGAAGGUGUGGUGUUCAAAGAGUACGUCGAGUUGAUGAGAUACGCUGGUCGCGCUGGGUACACCACCAACGAAUGGCGCUUGUGGUUUAUGUGCCAGCAACUGGUGAAGGUAGCUGCGAACUCCUUCCAGGAAGAGGCAGAUGAGCCUCCCAAAGAGGUCCUAGAACAGGUGACGGAGAUGGCCCAGUCCAUCGACAGUCCCUACUUCACCAUUGACCUGGCAGAAACCUCCACAGGCUGGACAAUCUUGGAGGCUGGUGAUGGCUCCGUGUCGGGCCUGGGCGUUUACGAAGAUCCAGCAGAGCAUUGGCAGCUGCUGGCAGCACACUUUGGCGAAGACGCUGCUUGA